GCAGAGCUUACUCAUUUGCAAGAUAAAAGGAAGACAUUUCUGCACAUGCCCAUAAUAUUCUUCACCACUGGGGGCAGCUUUACAUAAGACUGCAUUCACUGAAACCAAAGCAACAGUCGGACGGAGCUUUCGGAACGACAGUACGCAGAAGUGAGCCGCGCUUGGUCGCUGCACGGGCUGAGCCUCCCUCUGUGCUACAAAACAGCUUCCUAGCUGGAUCGGGUGCUAAGUGAGGGAACUGCUGGGCUAUGGAAUACAGAUGUCUGAAUUCAGAUAGCUAAUUGUUGCUUGGAGGAAUCUAACAUGCUUUCCUAUAAAGAGAAAUUUUAAAAGCCAGGUUCCUAACUAUAAAGAUGCAAAAACGUAAUAUCCAUGAAGAUCCUAUUACCUAGGAAGAAUUUGACAUUUUGCUGCGAAUGCUGUGUUGGGAUUGAUUUAUUCUUGGAGUGUUCUGCAUGGCUGGCAAAGAAUAAUGUUCCAAAAUCGGUCCAUCUCCCAAGGGGUCCAAUUUUUCUUCCUGGGUGUCAGCGAGCCCUGACUCACUACAGUGCAGCUGACAGGGGCUGCCAUGCUUGUGGCACACUAAGCAAAAAACAAAAGACCUAAGGACGACCUUUGAACAACACAAAGGAUGGGUUUCAAUGUAAUUAGGCUACUGAGCGGAUCAGCUGUAGCUCUGGUAAUAGCCCCUACUGUAUUACUGACAAUGCUUUCUUCUGCUGAACGAGGAUGCCCUAAGGGCUGUAGGUGUGAAGGCAAAAUGGUAUAUUGUGAAUCUCAGAAAUUGCAGGAGAUUCCCUCAAGUAUAUCUGCUGGUUGUUUAGGUUUGUCCCUUCGAUAUAACAGCCUCCAAAAACUAAAAUACAAUCAAUUUAAAGGUCUUAAUCAACUCACCUGGCUCUAUUUAGACCAUAACCACAUCAGCAAUAUUGACGAAAAUGCUUUCAAUGGAAUACGCAGACUAAAAGAGUUGAUCUUGAGUUCCAACAGAAUCUCCUAUUUUCUUAAUAAUACCUUCAGACCUGUGACAAACCUCCGGAACUUGGAUCUGUCAUACAAUCAGCUGCAGUCUCUGGGAUCUGAACAGUUCAGGGGCUUAAGGAAGCUGCUGAGUUUACAUUUGCGGUCCAAUUCCCUAAGAACCAUCCCUGUUCGAAUAUUUCAAGACUGCAGGAACCUUGAACUGUUGGACCUAGGUUAUAAUCGGAUCCGAAGUUUAGCAAGGAAUGUCUUUGCAGGCAUGAUCAGACUGAAAGAGCUUCACCUGGAGCACAAUCAAUUUUCUAAGCUCAACCUGGCACUUUUUCCAAGGCUAGUCAGCCUUCAAAACCUUUAUUUACAGUGGAAUAAAAUCAGCGUGAUAGGACAAACUAUGUCCUGGACCUGGAGCUCAUUACAAAGACUUGAUUUAUCUGGCAAUGAAAUAGAGGCUUUCAGCGGACCUAGUGUUUUUCAGUGUGUGCCCAAUUUACAGCGCCUCAACCUGGAUUCAAACAAGCUCACAUUUAUUGGUCAAGAAAUUUUGGAUUCUUGGAUAUCCCUCAAUGACAUCAGCCUUGCCGGGAAUAUAUGGGAAUGCAGCAGAAACAUUUGCUCCCUGGUAAACUGGCUUAAAAGUUUUAAAGGGCUGAGGGAAAAUACAAUUAUUUGUGCCAGCCCCAAAGAGCUGCAAGGGGUGAAUGUUAUUGAUGCAGUGAAAAAUUACAGCAUCUGUGGCAAGAGUACCACAGAAAGGUUCGAAUUAGCACGAGCUCUCCCAAAGCCAACAUUUAAACCAAAACUCACCAGGCCUAAACAUGACAGCAAGCCCCCUCAGCCCCCAACCGUUGGAGCCACCGAAUCGAGCUCUGAGCCCGAGCACGACGCAGAACACAUCUCCUUCCACAAAAUCAUAGCAGGCAGCGUGGCCCUCUUCCUCUCUGUGCUUGUGAUCCUGCUGGUGAUCUAUGUGUCAUGGAAGCGGUACCCAGCCAGCAUGAAGCAGCUGCAGCAGCGCUCUCUCAUGCGAAGGCACAGGAAAAAGAAAAGACAGUCGCUGAAGCAAAUGACUCCGAGCACACAGGAAUUUUAUGUAGAUUACAAACCCACCAACACUGAAACCAGUGAGAUGCUGCUGAAUGGAACAGGACCCUGCACGUAUAACAAAUCAGGCUCCAGGGAAUGUGAGAUACCAUUGUCUAUGAAUGUGUCAACAUUUCUUGCCUAUGAUCAGCCCACAAUAAGUUACUGUGGUGUACAUCACGAACUGCUUGCUCACAAGCCCUAUGACUUGAAUUCCCAGGAAGAAACAGUGGAAACACACCUAGAAACUGAUCUGGAUCUGAGCACAAUAACAACAACAGCACGAAUCAAUGAACACAGUCAGCAGCUGGCUUAACCAAUUUUUUUCUUCUGUAGCAGAGGCUGCAAAUUCUAUGUAACAUGAAGGACAAAAGUGAGAAGACAUAAUAAUAUGGAUUCUAAAAUCCCUGUUCAAUUUAAAAAGAACCACGAAGAUGAAUUGUUUCAAGUCUACAAUUUGUAAUUAGUUAAGUUGUGCAGUAUUUUUUGACUUCAGAGUAUGACCCUUAGAGUGAAUCUUUUUUCAAAACUCAUCCUACCUACCUGUAUAAACUGUACAGAUGUAAUGUAUUUUUCAUAUUGUAAAGUUUCAAUUACCAAGAACAGCUGGUAUGUACAGUACCAUAAUUUAAUUACAUCUUACUUUACAAAUUUCAGUUUCUAAAAUUUUAAAUUAACAAAGGUUACUUCUUGUGUUAUUCAGUUACUCUGUUUUGUAGGGACCAUUUUGUUACUGCUUUUGUGCCCAGAAAACUUUAAUCUAAGUGCAGAAUAUGCACUGUUUUUACCAUGGAUAAUGUGUAGAAUUUUAUCUAUUUGUUCCAGAGAUGAUAUAUUAACCAAAAGGAGGGUUUAACUAUUCAGACAUGUAAGAAAUCCUUGAAGUGCAUAGCCAAGUUUUCUUAUAAAUGAAAAUCAAAAAUCAUUUUAACAAUUCUUCUCAGACUUUCUUGUUGCCUUGAACUACAGCUUGAUUUCUAAAUCAAAAAAGUGUAAUGAUAAACAUAUAUUUUAACAACAGAGGUUAUGUAUGCAGCUAUUAGCUGACACUGAUAAAGUUUUGUAAAGUCUCACUGUUCUGCAAGAUCAAAUGGACAGAAGACUUUAAUAGGCAGCUGUUGCUACAAAAUCUGCUCUGUAAGUAUAGCCUGCCAACUCAGGCAUCUAUAUUUUUAUUUAAAGAUUUCAACUUGUACAUGCUAGAGUUUAUCACAGUUAUCUUGAAGAACAUUCACAACAGAAUUUUAUUGUUUUCUUCUAGUCUGUAAAACAAUCCUUAAACUAUGCAGUCAGAAUUUGGCAAGCAGUGUACAAGGGCCAAAACCUACUUCUAUCAGAGACAGUUGCAGCUGAUAGAAGUGGCAACAAAAACAGGCCCACAGAGUUAAACUAUUCCUAGAAUGUAAAAUAUUACUCAAAAAAAGCAAAACCUCUACUUUACCGAAAAUAUGUAGUAAUCUGGACCAAAUGGCAAAAGCUAACAGUCCUUUACCAUUAUGCUACAUCAAGCUAAGAAAAAAUACCUUCAAAUACAAAAAAUGUAGCAUUAAAUCUUUAAGUUACUACAUUGCUUAUUUGUCUAUCAUUUAAUAUCUGUAUUGAAGCAUUUGUAUAUCCCAUUCUUUGGUUUUAAACCUUCAAAACCUCUCAAUACUGUACAAGAACAACUUCUAUAAUACUACCCUCAUGUUGUAAUCAUAAAAGAUUACAGAAAUUAGGAACGUAUACCAUGCUGACUGGGUGAAAUAUAAAAGGGAACACAUGAGCCUUCCAAAAUACAGGGGAAAAAAGUUUCAUAUGGUGAAGCAACUUUUUUAUAAUAAAGAGAAAUUAUAUAACCACAAAUCUAUUUUUCUGGAUGUUUAUCCCAGCAUAUUUUAGUGUAGCUUCCAAGCAGAAGACUGAAAUUUAAAAUUACAAUUCAACUGUUUGUACUAAAUAUAAAGCAAAUAUGAUGAUGAAAAAUACCUUCAAAAUAUUGUUAACAAAUGAAUCUGCAUUCACUAUCUUUUAAGUGGAAACAAAGUGUCAAAACAGAAUACAUUGUAUUGAUAAUUUAUUCAGCAUCUUAGAUUUUGUAACAC